AUAAUUUAAUUUGCUUAAUAAUGGCUUCAUUUAAUAUUAUCACUUAAAAGAUUAAUAUAGACUUAAAAGUUUGACAUGAAGUUGUGAAAAGUCAAAACAUAACCUCAAAAAUUUUCAUCAACACGUGAACUUUAUCUCAAUUUUAAACAAAUUUAAUAACUAUGGAUGAGUUUAUUGAUGAGAAUGAUGCGUUGUUAGAUUCAGAUGAAGAUGUGGAUAUAAAACAGCAUAGUAAACUAUUAGAAAAUCUUGUAAGUUUAGAUUCUAAACAGCCAGUAAAAAAACCAACAAGAACAGAACCAACUACGCAAAUAUCGGAAUAUAAUUUAGUAAAAUCGAUAACUGGGAAUAAGGAUACUGUUAAAUUAUAUGAAUUAACUAAACCAUUAAAGGCUAGAGCUACACACGUAAAAAUAACUAAAGAUGUUAAGAAAUCAGAUAAGAAAACCAAGACAUUAGAAAAACCAUUAGAAAAACCUCAAGCUGAAAAGGUAAGAAGAACUGUGGGGUAUGAAAAAGGUAAAGAAGAAAUAAGUAGAUGGGAACCUGUUGUAACAAGUCAUAGAGCUUCAACUUAUUUAUCAUUUCCACUUAAUUAUGAUACAAAAGUAGAAAUUAAUUCUAAAAGAGAUACUAAUUGGAAAGUAAAAUCAGAUUUAGAAAAAGCAAUUGAAAAUAUUGAAAAUGAAGGAAAAAAGGUGGAAAUUUAUGAAAUUGAACCUGAAAUAGAAGCCCCCUUAACACUCCAAGAAAUGAUGGAACGUCGAAAAGAAAUGGCAAAACUACGUAGAUUUCAAACUUAUCAAGAAAUGAAAGCUAGAAUGCAAAAUAAAAUUAAAAGUAAAAAGUAUAGGAGGAUCCUAAGGAAAGAGAGAGCUAAGCAGGAAAUUAAAGAUUUUGAAAAGCUUCAAAAGGAGAAUCCAGAAGAGGCUUUAAAGAAAUUGGAAGAAAUUGAAAAAACAAGAAUGAUGGAAAGAGCUAGUUUAAGACAUAAAAGUACAGGGAAAUGGGCUAAAAAUCAACAAAUUCGAGCUAAGUUUGAUAAAGAUAGUCGACAAGUUUUAGCAGAACAAUUAGCAAUUAGUAAAGAAUUAACUCAGAAGAAACAAAUUGUUGAAUCAAGUGAAAGUGAAGUUGAAAAUGAUGAUGAAAAAAGUGGUGACUUGGAAUUUAAUUUUUGGCUUACAAAGAAAAUACCAGAAAAAAAUGAAAAUGAAGAAAAAACACCAUUAUUAAAGUCUAAAAUUGUUGAAAUAAAAGAUGAAAUUGAAAAGCCACAAAAGAAAAGGAAAUUAAAAAUAAAUAAAGAUGUAAAAAAUAAAGUUGUUAAAAAGCCAAAAGAGGAAAAAUUAAAAUUGCAUGGAAUGUCUGGUGAUUGGGUUGAUGAAUCAUUUGUGGAUGAUUUAGCGAAUAAAUUGGAGGAUAAAUUUAAGGAAAAAGUUUUAAAGAAAUCAACAAAACUAAAAAAUGACCUUGAAAAAUUAAAUUUGACACAUAACCUAAAAAAGAAAAAAAUUGGACCAAAAAAAGAAAAUAAACCCAAUUUAACAUUAAAAAAAUCAACUAAAAAGCCAAUCAUUGAUGAACCCCUUCAAGAAGCAACAAAAAUCACCAAUAAUCCAUCAAAUAAUAAUAUAAAUAAUUUAAAAUCAAUUUUAGACUCAACUGAAGUUAGCACCAACACAAUUGAACCAAAUAAAUAUUUAAAAUUAACCCCAACAAAUGUAGAAUCAUCAAACCCCGAUUUAUAUUCAACAAAUGAUAAUGAAAAUAACUCCGAUUUAAGAGGAAUUAUAGCAGAGGCUUUUGAAGAUGAAGAUUUAAUUGAGGAAUUCUCUAAAGAUAAACAAGAAGAAAUCGAUAAAGAUACCCCGAAUGAUUUAGAUUUAUUUAUGCCCGGAUGGGGUUCUUGGGGUGGCACAAACAUUAAAAGUACGUCAAAAAGAAAACGUUUUAUUAUGAAAUUUCCGAAAGAUUUACCAAGGAAUGAUAAAAAUAGAGGGGAUUUAAUCAUAAAUGAAAAUACUUCUAAAAAUAUUAAACCGCACAUGGUUAGUGAUGUUCCAUUUCCGUUUAAAUCCGCCAACGAGUACGAGGCUACGAUUAAAGCGCCUGUUGGGAAUACUUUUGUGCCAGAAACCGCUUUCCGGAGACUUACAAAACCGGGGGUGACCACCAAAUUAGGUACGGUUAUCGAACCGGUUGACGAAAACGUUUUGAUGAGGAAAAUGAAAAAGUUUGAGAAAGUGUUUAAAUUAAAAAAAUAAUGUUUUUUAUUAUUUU